AAAGGAUGAAAUACAACUUUGACAUGUAUUAAAGGGCAGCAAUCCUUGUGUAACAAAGUUGAUAAAUCGAGAGUUAUAUUCAUUCAUUCGUUCACCCGUGAAAGCUAUUUUUAGAGUUUUACUUGGAAGAGAGAGAGGAGUGGGUUAAAGCGAACUAGGACUGCAAGUUGUAGUUACUGCGUCCCGCCGCACGACGGAAGCGAAAAGUAUGCUUCUGGCAGAUGUUUUACUAUAUGUCUGGAAUUAGGCAUAAACUAUUUAAAUAGAUGCCUUAGUCCAGAAUGGCGAACUGGAUGAGUGAAAGAUGGCCAAUGAGUUUGCUUCCUGCAGCAGUACGUUGGCAACUUGCUGACUCUCUAGAUGUUACAACAGCAACAGGCCUUGGUUACCUAACAUUCGCUGCUGAACUCCGCAUUAGAGGCUGUGUAAUAUACACUGCACAAAAGAUAGAAGUUAUAAGGGUGCGGAGUCGGUCUGGCAGUAUGACUUAUGACUUACUGCUAGAUUAUGAGAGUAGAGGUGGUUCUGUUCUGGGAGUCCAGCGUGCGUUGGAAAAUAUUGGCCAUGUAGCGGCAGAGAUUAUACCAGCAUAUUUUGAAAGUAUAACUAGAGCUCAGGCUAGAGCAUAUCCAGAGCAAUAUACUGAUGGCAGAGUUCCGUACCCAUUUAACAGCGGAUACCAAAAUACUGAACCACGUAGCUGCAACUGCCCAGAGUGUCACGGUCGUGGUCAGUAUUCUAACACUUCAAGGCCCAGCAGGCCCAACUCCGUACAGCGUGAAAUAAGUAACCUGAAUGGCUCAGUCUAUACAGGAGCUUCUGAAAAAGGAAGAAGAAUACCUAGACGAAGGAGUCUGACACAGUCAGGAUCCAGAGCCCCUGAUUCAGAUCUCGACAAACCGGCUACUGCUGGUUCAAGUGGAAGAAGUGGAAGAAGCAGUGAUAUGACUAGUUCUGAAAAUAACUAUGUACCGUAUAUUACUGGACAAUUGCCAAAUAUGGAUGAAAGGAACAAUAUUGGACAGAAUCCUUUCCCAAGAGGAAUCAACGGGGAAAUAAACAAUGUUUUUUGCCAGUGUGAGGAAUGCAGGUUACGGUCUGAUUCGGAACAGACACAGAGACUUACUCUUGAAAGUGAUCCAAAAACUCCAUGUUUGCUCAGGCCAGUACAUCGAAUAACUGCAAAUGGUGGGCAUGGGCAUGACUCAUCAAGAAUUUCAGAAGUCAUCAGCAGUGGACUUUCCCAGCUCUAUUUGGAUUCUGAGGAAAGUAGAGACACCUCAAGGGAUGAUGUUGAAAAUUCUGAUGAAACGUUUGUGAAGAGUGUGGUCAUUAAGUCACAAAGUGUUGAUAGUGAAGCAAACUCUGUUUCAAGAGGUAUUCCCACUGAAAACAUUGUGACAAAUAAUAGAGGACCAAUUUGUUCUAGGUCUGAUAUGGGACAACACAGGCUCGGUGAGAUGGUGGAUAACUGUCCUGUUUGUGGUAACAAUGCAGGAGCAAAACCUAAAACUGGGCCAAGGCCGCGGAAUAACUCAGCUCCACAGAAAAAUGAAAUACCAGAAACCGAUUUAAGGAAGUCAUGGCAUGGAACGUCAGGAGCCAGUGAUAAAGAAGAAAUGAAAAAAAUAAAUUCUGAUUCUGUGCUUUCAUGGUCUUCUGUUACUAGCAGCCCACAACCCCAGUAUACUAAUUUGAUUGGGGAAACUUUAUAUAGUAGAAUUUCGUCCUUCGGUAGUGACAAUUCUGAGUGCAAAAGAGGUGAUAGUGGUGCAAAUAGUGUAGAUAUUUCAGCCAUUGGAAAAAAUUCUGUCAAUGAUAUUUAUCAGAACAAUUUAGAAUCAGAUAAUGCAAAUGUCUUAAACAAUCAACAAACUGGCUCAAGAAACAUUGUUCAAAGUAAUUCUUUUAACUGCUCAGACGUACAGAACAAUACUUCUGUAAAUACACCUGCCAGGUAUUUGAGUAAUGUACAUUCCAGGACCUCAUUUGACCCACAGGUUCAGAUCUCAAAUGAUCGUGCUCAAAGAGUCAACUCGACCUCUGAAGAUGCUCAACAAAGGGGAGAGUCUGCUACGAAUGCUCCACAAGCCAGUGGGCCAGCCACAAGUGCUCCUCAAACUAGUGGAUCAGCCACAAGUGCGCAACAAAUCAAUGGAUUUGCGGCAAGUGCUCAACAAAACAGUGGAUCAAAUGGAAGUGCUCAAAAUCAAGACAGAAGGUCGGGAGACUUUGUGUUCGUUACAUACAGCUGGAAUGGGAUGACAGAUCCUGAAUCGUUAAUACAGGAAGUUAUUGAGAUGUGCCGUGCUCUGCGUGAGGCAGGAAUCCGGGUGAAGAUUGAUAUGGAUGAGACAUCAUACGCUGCCUUGAGACUUAACAGACUUGACUGGAUAGAUAGAAAUGUGCGUGAGGCUAGGUAUGUAAUUGUUUGUGUGACCCCUACAUAUGCUGCAGAUAUAAGAGAACCAGACCCGAGAAACCAGGCAUCGCCACGAAGUGGUCAACUGAAUGCUAGAUACAUCUUUGAUAAACUACGGGAGGAGUAUUACAGCAACUUGUCCCAAAACAGAAGGAUUAUACCUGUGAUGUUCUCUAACUAUGGAGCAGCUCCAAAACAUGUCCCAUCAUGUAUGCGCUCAACACUAAUCUACACAUAUCCUGCAAACAUGGAAGAAAUAAUUGCUGCUAUUUUAGGCUACGGUAGAUUCAGGCCUUCGUGAGAUGUUAUGACCCAGUUUGACCAAAACAAAUCAAAUUUCUGCGGACAGUCAACCUAAACCAGUUCAAACGAGAACAUUCUAGCAAGUAGAGAGCUAAUAUGAAAUAUGCUUUUCUCGUGGACAUUUUGUGACACAUCCAUUAUCUGCCAGUCAGCUUUUGUCCAUUUGGAAGUAUUGUCAUUUGUUUAUACUAGAAUCAGCUUAAACUGGUGCAAAACUAGGAACGCAGGUUAUCUGAAGGAUGACUAGCGAUUGGAUAUGGCCACCAACUUUGAAUCACGCACAACAGUGGAGCCGAGGUAUAUCACAUUUUUUUGGUUUCUAUUGCGAAUAGAAGCCGUCUAAUUAGCUUGUUUUACCCAGGUGCCCAUCCGAGCAUGCUGUAGUUUUUGAAUGACAAAGGUUGUAGAUCCGAGCUUAGCAGGAAAUAUGCUAAAUGACCUUAGAUGUGUCGGUGUGACAGCAAAAUAAACACUUAUAGACAUACUGAAAGCUGCUGUAUAGCUGAAAUCCAUUUUACAUGCUGACUUUGAAGCCUCUAAAAUGGGUGAAUAAUUAUGAUGUAUGAAUACCUUCACUAAGUGAAUGAUUAAAGAUAUAGCUUAUGAUAAAAUGUACUCGAUUUGUUGAUUUUUACACUUGUAAAGAUUUUUUUCCGACUUACAUUAAAUGUCAAGAGAUAAUUUUGGAGAUCCAACUGUUUUGAAUUUAAGGCGUAAAUUUUAUUUCGUAUCUUGCUAUAUCUUCAUAAAAAACAGUCUUAAAUGUAUUUUGAUAACAUUUUAUGUGUCAUUCCAAAUGUGACAUUUAGGGUUUUUACCCGUAAUUAAUACAUAAUGUAAUAUGUCAAGUUACUUCACAUGUUUUAAUUAUGUCAAAACAUUACCCGACCCUCAAAUGGUCUAAGAAAUUUUUAUUUCAUUUUUUUCUGCAAAUCUAGUUUCAUUCCACUUACAUAUAAUGUUGAUUUUAUGCUUAAAAAAGAAAAGUAAUCAAAGCGUGUUUGCCAGACUACCUUCUAUUUUUUUGGUCACAUAAUCUUAAAACAGUUACAGUUUAGGUCUAGAUUUUACUUUAGCAGAUGUGUGCAAAUACUGUUGGCUUUAUUUUAUUUAUUCAUGACAUAAAAACAAAAAAGUCUUGCACGUAGUACUUUUUUAUUAUCUUUAUCUUUUUUAUGUUGCUGACUAAGUACCAGAUAGUACCAUUAAUAUUAAUACCGUAAUCAUUUUAAGAAAUUCAUUAAUGCAAUGAGAAUUUUUUUUUUUAGAUGUAAAAAGUUUCUAAAGUAAGUUUUACUGGUUAUUUUCUGUUGCGAAUUUCAGCCUAUUUGACCAAAAAAUUUCGAGAAAGAUACGUUUUUGUUUUCGUAUUCUUAAAUAUUCGUUUGCAUGAAGGAAACAUGUACAAGCAUGUUCAUGUACAAGCUUGGUAAAAAAAAUCGAGAUUUUAAUGGGUAGGCCUAAAAAUAUUACAAGUUUUUUCCAAAGAAGGAAAAAUUGUCAUUAAAGGUGUUAUUAACAUUUCAAAAAUGUUGUAACUUUGAGACAUAAGAUUUAGCUCAUAUUAACAAAGCAAGGAUGGAAUUCUCCGAAACAGCUGUCAUGGAUUAAGUUAACAAAGCACUUAAAUUUUCGAAUAUUGUACAAUGUAAGCUUCAGUAUGUAUUAAAAAAAAAAACCAGCUAUUUCCUACUUCAAAUGAAUAAUGCCUUUCAAACCUGUAACCAGAUGACAAUUUCUAAUGUCAUGACAAAUAAACUGUUUGUAAAUUUAGUAAGUUUUGGUGCAUACGUACUUCACAAUGUGUUUUCAUUACAUUUUGUGAUUCACUCCAUUUAAUUUGUAAGUAAAUAAGGACAAAGUUUAGAAAGUAGUGUGUAAACUCUAAUUGUAAUAAUUGAGCCGUGCCAUGAGAAAACCAACAUAGUGGCAUUGCGAUCAGCAUGGAUCCAGACCAGCCUGCACAUCCGCGCAGUCUCGUCAGGAUCCAUGCUAUUCACUAACAGUUUCUCCAUUUCCAAUAGGCUUUAAAAGGGAACAGCAUGGAUCCUGACCAGCUGCGCGGCUGGUCUGGAUCCAUGCUGGUCACAAACCCGUUAUGUUGGUUUUCUCAUGGCAUGGCUCAUAUACUUAAAGCUAAGUGUUCUUCGAGAUAGUGGCAUGUAUUGUAGUUAGUUAUUUCAAAUUUAUAUGAUUUGAACUUUUAGUUUGGGUUAAAGAUAAUUAAUGUUAAAUGUAAUGAUAUCAUCAAUAACCAUGAGUUACUAUUAAAAGAUAAUUCUUGAUUUGUUAGAUCAUUAAAUUCAACAUGGUAUUGUUUCAGGGCAUUAAUGCAUCUAUGCAUGCUGAAAACAGCUGCUGGAGCUAAAUUUAAGUUCAAAAUGACUUGUUGUCUGAAGGAAAAAUAACUUCAUUUACAUAUAAUUUACUUUUCUCUAUUUUAGUAAACUAUUUUAUCAAAAUGGAAUUAUAAGGCGAAUUUUAUUAUAAUUUCUAAUUUUUAAAAGGUGACUUAGUAAAAACAUUUGUUUUAGAAAUUCUUUUAAUAAACACUAGAAGUGUUUUUGAAAACUUUGCAAGUUCAUUUGAUUAUGUCAAAGGGGGCAUUAAUUCACAUAGUAUCACUGCUUUGUACAGGUUAUAAUCAUUUUGGGGUAUUGUAAUGAAUUAUGAAUAACAAAAUGAAUUGAGGAAAAUCAGUAGUUUUACUCCAGUUCUUGGAAGCUUGAAAUCACAUUUAUAUGUCUUUCAGAAGAACUGAAAGGCAAUGCAUUGUUUCCUUUUGUUUCAUAAUACUUCUAUGAUAUCGUUCUAUAUGUAUAUAAUGUAUAUACCUAAAAUUAGAAUGGCUGGUCCAUUCUGCGUGAAGAUACUAUUGUCAUCUUAUCGGUGUGUAAUCAUUUCAUUGUUCAUGAAUCAUAAUUUAUAUACAUCUUUCUAUUAAUAUGCUAGCUGACAUGACUGUGUAAGGGUAUAUUGUUUUAAAUCAGUGCCAGGUUUUAUAUCUUGGUGCAUUUUAUUUGAACAGAUGUACAUACACAUUGUUGUGAUACCAGUGGAAUGUAUGGUUUUUGUUUUUCAUUCAAUUAUUUCAAGUUUUUCAAGUUUGAUUAGGUCAUUCUUAUUUGUAUAUUCAAAUAUAAAUAUUAAACAUUGAAAGAAGUCUGAUUCUGGUCUCGAAACUAAAAGUAACUUUAAUAUAACUGGACACCUCCUGUAAAAGCUGUCUUUGCCGCCUGUGUAAUGAUAUGACUUCUUUCUGUAAGUAUAAGGUUAUGAAAUAUUUCUCAUUAAGAAAUGAAUUAAAGAGCAGAUUUUUCAGAUUUUCACCACACAAAAACAUUGUCGUAUAGGACCAUUGAAUCUACUAGUAGGAACUGACCAAUGGCAUGGCUGCAUUCUGAGAACGGUCUCCAAACCAAGUUUUAUGAGCCAGACCUCGGCAACUGAUUUAAAAUAUAGAUGCCAAUAAGUUGAAUUUUUGCAAACAGAAUCAUUGGUAAAUAUAUUUACAGGAGAAAUGAAAUGAUGUUGAUGGCAUUGUCAUGUUGUUCAUUGUCAUGUAGCUUAUUGUCAUGUAGCCCAUUGUCAUGUUCAUUGUCAUGUAGCCCAUUGUCAUGUUGUUCAUUGUCAUGUAGGUCAUUGUCAUGUUGUUCAUUAUCAUGUUGUUAUCAUGUUUUAUAAUAGAAAUUGGUGUUGAUUCGCCAGUAUUUUUAUAUAUAUAUAAUAACAUGUAUAUAUUUUUAUGCGAUUCGCUUUUCAAAAUAUGAACAAAACUAUGCAAUAAAGAAAUAGAACAAAA